AUGGAAAUAGCAGAAAUUGAUAAUAAUGAAACACUAUCUUCGGCAACUACUAGUCUAAUUCCACCACCUCACAGAAAGUUCAAGUCCUUCACAACACAAUUUUAUGAUGAUACAAAUUCAGGUGAAACACGUAGUAAUAUGACAACUGUAAAACGUGCACUUUGCGAAUUAGAACUCUAUUUACAACUGUAUUUAACGAAUGGCAAAUUUUUCAAUGCUAAUAUUGACAAUUCACUGUUAUUCUGGAAAGAACAAGAACACUUACUAUCCAAUGUGUUCAGAUUAGCAAAACAAAACUUUUCUAUUCUUGCCUGUUCAGUUACAGUAGAACGUGCAUUCAAUUCAGUCUGUAUUGUCAUAUCGCACACAAGAAGCGAUUUUAAUCCAUCUACAGUCAAUUGUGCUAUACUGAUUCGAUCGGCUGCAGCUUAUUUGAAGGUGUACUCAUAG